UAGGUGCGCUUUUUCUACACAAUCGCAAUGCCACAUUCCACGCUUCUACUGUGCGUCAUCGGACUCCUAGCGUUCUCCUCUGCGUGCUACAUCCAGAAUUGUCCCAGAGGCGGGAAGCGCGCGUUACAGGACACCGGCAUCAGACAGUGCAUGACAUGUGGACCAGGGGACCAGGGCCGCUGCUUUGGCCCCAGUAUCUGCUGUGGGGAGGGGCUGGGCUGCUGGAUGGGCUCCUCAGAGACAGCCCGCUGCUUUGAGGAGAAUUACCUGCCCACCCCAUGCCAGACAGGAGGGAGACCUUGUGGAUCUGAUGCAGGACGCUGCGCUGCACCAGGAGUUUGCUGUGACUCAGAGAGCUGUGUUCUAGAUCCAGACUGUUUGUCGGAGAGUCGGUACCACUCUCCUGCGGAUCACAGCGCUGGCGCCACAAGUGACUCACCGGGGGAACUGCUGCUGCGCCUGCUACACUUUGCCACCAGGGGGCAAAGUGAAUACUAACAGUAACAAUCUCAAUCCAGAGAUUCGCUUAUAUGGUGCCUAAUUCUAAAUCAACCCUUUACUAGCCUUUGACACUUCUCGUAGAUCGGAAAAGAUUGAAAUUAAUUACUUUAUUUUUUCAGAAGAAACUUCAAGUAAUUGGAUAGGUUUUAGCAGUAUGGUAAUUGUUACACCUUGCCUAGUGAUGGCAAUUUCACCAUAUUGUUGACCACUACUAUCAAAACCUUUUACAUCUAUACAGUACCUAGGCUAGGGGCCAGCGGUCGAUUUGGAAUCAGGCAAAAUGGUUAAACUGACAGAAAUAACAGGAUGAAAUGGAUACAAGUUAUAAACUGUCAACAAAAGUGUUUUUUCCACCUAAGAACGUAUAUGCACUUACAUACAUUGCAUAUAUAAGUUUUAUGUUCGACAAGACAUUGUUUUUCCUAAUGCCUCAAUAUAAAUAGGUCAUGUAUACACCACAGAAAUACAGACAUUUAAAUAUGUAGGAAAUAAAUAGUUUUCUUGCAGUGUUGUAGAAUGAUCAGAUUAAUACUCAACAAUCAUUGUUGUUAGUAUGUGAAGUGCUUGUAGAUCACUACAUUAAUGCAGUGCAUUACAGAUAUUACUAUUAUGAAUCACGACUUACUGAGAAUCACUGCUGUUGUAUAAUUGAAUUAAAGAUAUCAAGAAAU